GGACACUUCCGCUGACAAGUCACAGGUAUACUACGUAGAGAGAGGGAGAGAGAAAGAGAGAGGGAGAGAGUAGAGAAAAAUAUAUUCUUAACAACAUAGCCGGUAAUUUAUCAACUUUACGCUAUUGGCCAUUUAAAGAACAACCUUUCUUGGUAAACUUUUGAAAAUUUAUUAUAAUUAUUUCUAUAGAUUUUUCCCCUCAAGACUUCUACUUCUUGUUUCAGUUCAGAGUUAAAGUUUAGUUUAGGUAUAAGUCACUGUUUUAGAGUUUAGGCACAACAGUAAUUUUGACAAUAAUUUAAUGGUAUAUUAUAUUAUAUUAAUAACAAUGAAUCAUGUGAAUGGAAUGAAGAGUCCAGUAGUAUAGACUAUAGUUAUAGAUAAAAAAAAAUUGAAUACUAACACUAACAAGACAAUGACAAUGGAAUGAGAAAUGGAAAUAUUUCAGAAACUGUAACAUAUUUUCUUUCAAUCUUUGCUUUUUUUUUUUCUCUGAGAAACAUCAGGACUUUACCAUUUUAUUAUAUUCAUGUUAUUUAAUUUUUAUCAUCAUAUUUAAGACUUAAUGAACAGACUUAACAUGACUAAAAAUCUAAUUAAUUUCAUUUUAAACUAAUUAGAAAAUAUAAGACAUCCACAAAUGACAUCAUGCAUCUAAAAGGGGAAGGGAGGAAAGCAAUUUGUGAAUUUUGUGAGGGCCGGGUGUCUGUCAAAGAAGCAUGAUGUCAUUUUACAGCCGGUAAUUUAAGAGAACCCAGCCCACAAGUUUUACCAUGGCCGCCAUCUUGAUUAACACGACCCGUGACGAGGUCACGGAUCGUGUCAACCAAGAUGGCGGCCAAGUGAAAAAAGAAAGUAGUGCGAAGACACGUGUUUUAAGGGAAGGGAGAGGUUGACGAAAAUGUUGUUUUUUCAACUACUUACCGAGAGAUAUGAGAAAAAGCAAUUGUACAAGAAAAAUUAAUGUUAAAAAAAUUGAAAAACACAAAAAAUACAAUAAUUUUUUAAAAAGUCUGUAAAAAAAGUAACAUUAAAUUAAAGAAAAUUGCAAAUUUUUUUUCAGUAAAAAAAAGAAAAAUUAUAAAAUUUUUUUUGUUAAAAUGUAUUUUUAAAUUUACUAAAAAACAACAAAUUAAAAAUUUAAAAAAAAAAAUCUAUCCCUAUGCCUAACCCUAACCCUAAAUCUAUCCCUAUGCCUAACCCUGACCCUAAAUCUAACCCUAUGCCUAACCCUAACCCUAAAUAUAUCCCUAUGCCUAACCCUAACCCUAAAUCUAUCCCUAUGCCUAACCCUAACCCUAAAUCUAUCCCUAACCCUAAAACUAACCCUAUGUCUAACCCUAACCCUAAAUCUAUCCCUAUGCCUAACCCUAAAUCUAUCCCUAACUCUAAAACUAACCCUAUGUCUAACCCUAACCCUAAAUCUAUCCCUAUGCCUAACCCUAACCCUAAAUCUAACCCUAUGCCUAACCCUAACCCUAAAUCUAUCCCAAAAAAAAAGAAAAAAAAAAGAAAAGAAAUGCUAGUAAAUUGUCAAAUUAUAAUUUUUAUUUUUACUCACUCUUUACGAUGUUUCAUCUCGUACAUGAGGUGGAAUAGCCUUUUUACAAUUGGGACAUUCGUAACAGUCUGCAAUAAGACCACCAGUCAUGACCCAAUUCAACACACUCCUUCCGCCCAUAGCUUCUAGUCGAAUCCAAAAGCGGGCAGUAAAUUUAGCAUCCAUCAGCAUAAAUUUCACCCAAAUUUAGCUACAAAAACUUUUUAAAAAAAACCAAUUUCGAACUUACCGCGGACACUCGGAGCACAAUCAAGACGAUAGUGACGUAACACUUAAGCACUACUUUCUAUAUCUGCAUAAUUUUAAAGUACCCUAGACAAAAAUUAAUUUCUCCAUCUUACAUUUCCAACAUUCUAACAUUUGCACACGCUCAGAAUAAAACUUAAAAAUACAAUAGCACAUAAUUUUUACAUAAAAUUGAACUUUUAUUUCAACAUCCUUUAAUUAUUCACAUGACCUCACGUGAACUCUUGUAGCAAGUGAUAACCUUUGAAAGAUUCAUUGACCGCCACUUCUUCCAAUGAAUAAACAAAAUUUUUUCAAGGAAUAAUUUAAAAUUUCAUGUUUAUUACAAAAAAAUGCAUUCAAUCUUAGUAUUUCUAUUAAAAUAAACAUUAAAUAAUCACUAUAAACCAAUAUUUAAGUACAUUUUCCAUCGGCGCAUUAAUUCUACUACAAAAAACAAAUGCAUUCUCCUAAUGUAAACAAAGGGUAAUAAACACGACUAAAUCUCCUCGGGCCGCAUAAUCUUAAAUAGCCUUACAUUUUUAUGGAUGACCAGGUCACCUCUUUUAAAAUAGUUAAAUAAAACAUAGUGUAAAUCGUGGAGCAUACACGCCAAUAAAAAAAAAAGGAAAAAUGAAAUUUACAAUUGCCACUUAUUCAAGCACCUUUGGUUCCCUUGGUAGUCUCAAAAAUUGAGCUGUUUUUUUAUCACUUCAUUAAUCAUAACAUAAUUAUAACCCAUGGAAGUGUCGUUAAAAUUACUAUUUACACUGAUGUUACAUUUCUGAGACUACACAGGGAACCAUGCAGACAAGAGGCCACCCAUAAAUGUAAAAUUGUCAUCAAAUUCUUUUUUCUUCUAUUUUGUCACACUUAAUUUUCUUUCUAUUCACUUCAUCUUUAUUGUUUUUUUUUUUUUUUGUUUUUUUCCUUGAAGUAAACUUUCAGCCAAUAUAUUUUUAUUGCCUUGUGUGUUAUUUUUAAAACUUUUCCAUUAAAUUGUCAUCAAUUUCUUUUUUUUUCUAUUUUGUUAUACUUAAUUUUCUUUCUAUUCACUUCAUCUUUAUUGUUUUUUUUUUUUUUGUUUUUUUCCUUGAAGUAAGCUUUCAGCCAAUAUAUGUUAAUUGCCUAGUGUGUUAUUUUUAAAACUUUUCCAUAAUGUGUGCUUCAUUGUUUCCUUGUUACAGCUUUAACGCAGUCUCCCCAGUAUAAUUUAUUCAAAGUAUAGUACUGUUAUGUUAAAUAUAUUCAUUAACGAUUUAUGUUUUUUUUUUUUAAACAACAGGCCUUCAAAGAAAACAUUUUAAAAAAAAACACAGUAUUCAGCAUGCAAAAUUCUGGAAGUCCACAACUUGACCUCUCAGGGAAGCUCAUUAUCAAGGUUGCUCUUGGUGAUGAUAUCCGUCGAAUUCCUAUUCACAAUGAAGACAUUACUUAUGAUGAGCUGGUGUUGAUGAUGCAGAGAGUUUACAGAGGAAAACUGAGUACAAAUGAUGAAAUUACUAUUAAGUAUAAAGAUGAAGGUAACCAUAAUGUUCUUCUUAAUUAAAAAAAAAAAAUAAAUGCAACUUUUUAAAAGUAAAUAAUACAGAAAUACAGUAAUAAAAUAAUCAAGCACAAACACCUUUUAUAUUGGCCAAAUAGUAGGGUCGAUAAAAAUCAAGAUUUAAUAUUUUAUUUUUGAUGUUGAUUAAUAUUCCUUUUUUUAAUGAAUAAACUUAAUGUAGGUAAUUAAAACGAACAAAUAGUAACCUACUGAACUGAGUAAAAUAUAUGAUUAUGAAAUAUCAAAUAAUUAAUUUUAAAAGUUUUGAAAACAUAUAAUCAACAACUGUCAUAGUCGUAAUAUUAUAGUCUCUAUCUAAUCUAUAAGAAUAAGAAUUUCAAUUCAGCUUCACACUUUCAUUAUCAGAUUAUCAUUGUCAUAAUAUUGUCAUUGGUCAGUGUUAUUUGAUGCCACCAAAGCAUUCUGAGUAAAAGAUUUGAAUAGAAAAACUAGUUUUACAUUCUCAAGCCCAAAUCGCUCUUUAAUGCUCGAAUGUACUAAACCAAAUGAUGAAAUUAUUCUAGCAUCUGGUAAAGGACAUAUUAUAGACAUAUUUAAAUAAAAAAUGAAGAUAUAAUUGAAUAAAAAUAAAAUUUAAUAAUAUAAUAAUUAUAAAAUUAUGUGAUCAUAAUUAUAUAAAGAAAAAUAGUAUAUUAUGUUAGUAAAAAUACAUAAUAACAAACAGGAUUUUUUUUAGCUAGUACCUUUAAAUAUAAAUAGAUAAAUAAAUAAUAAUAUUUAAAAUUUAAAUCAUGAUUUUUAGUGGUCCUCUUUAAAUCGUGAAAUAAAUCAUUUAAAUCAAUCAAUCUUUGAUUCGAAUAAUCUCAACCAUGCCAUACAGUAUUAUUAUAAUUAACAAAAUAAUCUUUUAAUUGAAGAACUGAUUUAUUGAAGUGCAAAAUAUACAAUUUAUUUGGAAGUCAAAACUAUUUGCGGUAAUCCUUGUAUGAAAAUUUAAUAUUGAAGGAUUCAUAUGGAUUUGAUCUAAGGGUCUUUUACCAAAAUCAUUAUUUACAGUAUUACGCAAAUUGGAAUUCCGGUUUUUAUGAUAUUUUCAAUAUUUAAUGAAAACUUUUAGGUGCCAGCUUUUUUUAAUCAAAAAUCAAUUAAAUAGAAACAUUUAGAUAAAAAUCACAUUUAAAUUAUUAAUCAGUUUUUAAAUAACAUAAACAACAAAACAAACAAUAACAUAAGUGUUGUACUUCAGACUUUAAUCAAACUUGAACAAAAUAUAAUUACCUUUAUGUUAUUUAUGCAAAUUUGUAAGCAUUAACCACAUUUUAAAAAUUUAAACAGUUCUAUUAAACAAACUUAAAAAUAAUUGAUUUGUUUGAUUACUCUUUGGUCAUAUUUAAAUAAUGAACAAUCAUUUUCAAGUAAAGCCAUCUCUAUUUUGACCAAUGUGUCAAUGUCACCGUCAGUUGGUCUGGAAGUAAUAUCUUGAGCUUGAAGUUUCUUUUGGAUUUCAAAGUCCAAUUGUCUCAUAAGUGGUAGAGUUUCUUGAGCAUCAUCAUGCCUAGAUCCAAAAUGUUCCAUCUCAUUGUCCUUACAAACUUUGAAUGAUCAAUCAGCAGUUUGACCAAGGUAUUGAGGGUCCAUGAUGUGUUUUUGCAUCUCCUUGCAAUCGUGGCCUUUAGAAAUUCACCCAAGUGGUCAUUUGAUGAAUCAAAUUAUGUUUCAGGAUUAUGCAAGAAAUUCAACUACCAACAACCUGCGCUUUUUAAUCUGAUGCCUCAGAGAGGCAACAAGUUCACAUGCAACUAUGCCGCGGUGCAUGGAAUCUAAAUUUUUUAACAUAAACAUUAAACCCGAAUCAGAUGUUGCAAAGUUCUUCUAAACAUUCUUUUUUAAAUUCAUCUUCAGAUAAGUCAAGAUCUAUUUUAAAAUCAAUAAGCGUUUUUUAAAUAUGUUUUUUGAGUCUUACUGUGCUUUCUAACUUUUGUGCUGAACAUCACAUCACCCAAAUUUACCCAAAUGUUUGUUGUCGCAAAAGGGUGGCGCCUGCCAUGUGGGGGAUCAUUAUAGUAACAGUUUGGCCCGCGCUUUGUGAAUAAAUAUUGACUUAUUUUACUCUAGGACAUUUGAACUAUGAAAAGCGAUAUACAUUUUUUGAAAAGUAAAUAACGAAAAAAUGUUAAAUCCCAGUUUACAUAAGUCCAUACACACUAUUUUGAAGCAUUCAUUUUAGUCUAAAAUCCCAGUAUUUUUGAGAGUCAGGACCCUGCUUUUUGACCCCAUAAUUGGACCAGACUAACAUAGCAAAGAAUAAAAUAAGGACCGCCCAAGCUCUAGAAAUUUUUAAUAAAUUUAUUUAUAUAAACAAUUUAUAGCAGUUUUUAAAAAAUAAUACCUUUUAUAUAUGCAUUCAGUUAUUGAAGUGGCAGCUUAAUGGUUCAUUAUAUCAUUUUCAUAUUUACAGAUAAUGACCUCAUUACCAUAUUUGACAGUUCUGAUCUCACAUUUGCUAUACAGUGCAGCCGCAUCUUGAAAAUUACCUUAUUUGGUAAGUUUUGAACUGUUUGCAUUCCAGCUAUUUUACAAACUGGGAGGUUGCUUUAAACUCUAUCUUGUCUUCCCUUCAAUCUCGUGGUAUUUUGGUUUUGGUAUUAAUCAUCACUUUUUAAUUAAAUUUGAUUGAUACUACUCAUCUGCAUUAUUUAAAAAAACAAAAAAAUGAUUUUUUGACUUGUUUGCUUUCUCGCUGUUUAGUGGGAGGUCCAACAAAAUCUGUGUUAGAGCCGGCCAGCACAGUGGUCCUCAGGAGAGAACUGCAGGACAUAAGAGACAGGGUCAUUGAUCUACUAGACAGACUUGAGCCCACCUCCCUUGUUUCUGUGCAACAGUCUCUGGGUAUAGGAGACGGCUUAACUGGUAAAAGUGUUUCUGUAUUACUGCUGUUGUAUGUUUUUUAUCUUGAUAGUGACAUUCUCUGUUUGCACGUAUUUCCACAUUCAUUGCUGACUCUAUUACAAACAGGAAGCUAAUGCUUGAAUAUUACGUUUCUCAAUCAUUCCCCCCUUUGCCCCUUUUCCGCAGUGAAAGAACUAUUAAUGAGAGGUGCGGUCAUUUCUUUUUAAUAAUACAAUUAUUGGAAUAGUUAUUUUGAACGUGAAAAAAAAAGAAAAAAAAGUUGACACUUCAUUUAACAUAAGUGCCAUUUGAUUAUUUCUCAGCAGGCAAGGGCCCAUUACCUGCAGCCAGACCCGUGAAUGCUUUGGGAGGGAAAGAGUUUGAUCCCCUGACAGCACACAAGGGUCAGUCAGACUUAACACAAAAUAAAGUGGCUUCAUCUUUUGGAAUAGAUGGAAAUGGUAAAUGAAGUAGCUUCAGAUUAUUGUUGAAUUUUUAUGUGCUGGAGAAGUGGCUUCCAGCCCCACUCCCCCCCAAACCACACACUCUAGAAAAUUUCCUUUCCCAUCUUUCUUACUUAUUAAAAUUUAAUGUUGCUGUUCAGAAAAGCUCAAGAUGGUCUGUAUAAAGUAUUGCUGUUUACUGUUAGUUUGUCGUUAUUUAAAGAGCUAAAGAAAUACAGGAAGCGAUGCGUUGUAUAUCUCUGUGGUCAUCCCUAGGUCCAGAAAAAUUUUUUUUUUAAAAACCUGGCUAAGAAACAUUUUAAUCUUUUAGAAGGGAAAGAAAAGGGCUGAUUCAUGUGUAAUUCAUUGAACAGUGAACACAUCGUCGCAGUAUGACAGAGCUGCCACACCAGACAGUGUAUCCAGCAUUGGGUCGUCGGCAAGCAACCAAGUGAGGGCACAGCAGAACACCUACCAGGUAAUAAACCACUCAAUGUAACACCUACAUAACUCGCUGGAACACCUACCAGGUGAUAAGUAACACAAUGAAAAACGUACCAGGUAGUAUGUCACAGCAGGACAUCUACCUGGAGAAAAAUAACUCAUUGGAACACCUAUCAGGUAGCACGUAACUAAGCCAGACAUAUGUACCUGAAAUAAAACCUCCACCAGCUGUGACAAAGUUUGGCCAUGAAUCAAAUUUAUCACUAAGACUAAAUUCAUAAAUUCUAUUUUUAUUAAUUCAUUUUUACUUAUGAGUUUUACAUUUUUUAAAAUAUACAUAAAUUAUUAAAUAAGUGUAAUUUAUUUAUGUUUUUUUAAAACCUGCUUUUAACAAUGUCUUCAGUUACGCUUGCUGUCUUAAACUUUCUGCUUCACACUUUAGCCCCAAUCGAAUAUUGCAAACCAGCAACAACAGCAGCAACAACCACAGGCACCUCAGCAACAACAGCAACCCCCACAACAGCAACAACAAGUUUCCUAUGGUGGUCAGCCUGGAUACAACCAAGGCCAGCCGGGUCCAAUGCCCCAGUCCUACGCUGGACAGCCUGGAUAUGGCAUACCCCAACCUGGGCUUCCUCAACAGCCCCAAUUGCCACAACAACAACAGCAGCAGCAGCAGCAGCCCCAGCUUCCUGUACAGCAACAACAAUAUGACCCUGGUAAUUUUAAUCCCAUUUUUAAUUGAUUUUGUAUUUUCAUUUUGGUAGUUUAACCAAAAUUUGUGAUGAACAUUUUCACACUGUUGGUGUGAAUCUGGAGUUGGUGUAGUACCACAUUGUUGGUGUAAUUCUGGUGCUGGUGUGUAGUUCCACAUUGUUGGUGUGAAUCUGGAGCUGGUGUUUAGUACCACAUUGUUGGUGUGAUUCUAGUGCUGGUGUGUAGUUCCACAUUGUUGGUGUGAAUCUGGAGCUGGUGUUUAGUACCACAUUGUUGGUGUGAAUGUGGAGCUGGUGUUUAGUACCACAUUGUUGGUGUAAUUCUAGUGCUGGUGUGUAGUUCCACAUUGUUGGUGUAAUUCUGGUGCUGGUGUGUAGUUCCACAUUGUUGGUGUGAAUCUGGAGCUGGUGUUUAGUACCACAUUGUUGGUGUAAUUCUAGUGCUGGUGUGUAGUUCCACAUUGUUGGUGUAAGUCUGGUGCUGGUGUGUAGUUCCAAUUGUUGGUGUGAAUGUGGAGCUGGUGUGUAGUACCACAUUGUUGAUUUAAAUCUAGAGCUAGUGUGUAGUACCACAUUGUUGGUGUGAUUCUAGUGCUGGUGUGUAGUACCACAUAGUUGGUAUGAUUCUAGUGAUGGUGUGUAGUUCCACAUUGUUGGUGUGAUUCUAGUGCUGGUGUGCAGUUCCACAUUGUUGGUGUGAUUCUAGUGCUGGUGUGUAGUUCCACAUUGUUGGUGUGAUUCUAGUGCUGGUGUGUAGUACCACAUUGUUUGUGUGAUUCUAGUACUGGUGUGUAGUACCACAUUGCUGGUGUGAAUCUGGAGCUGGUGUGUAGUACCACAUUGUUGGUUCUAGUGCUGGUGUGUAGUUCCACAUUGUGGGUGUGAUUCUAGUGCUGGUGUGUAGUUCCACAUUGCUGGUGUGAUUCUAGUGCUGGUAUGUAGUACCACAUUGUUGGUGUAAAUCUGGAGCUGGUGUGUAGUUCCACAUUGUUGGUGUGAUUCUAGUGCUGGUGUGUAGUUUCACAUUGUUGGUGUGAUUCUAGUGCUGGUGUAUAGUUCCACAUUGUGGGUGUGAUUCUAGUGCUGGUGUGUAGUUCCACAUUGUGGGUGUGAUUCUAGAGCUAGUGUGUAGUUCCACAUUGUGGGUGUGAUUCUACUGCUGGUGUGUAGUUCCACAUUGUGGGUGUGAUUCUAGUGCUGGUGUGUAGUUCCAAAUUGUGGGUUUGAUUCUAGUGCAGGUGUGUAGUUCCACAUUGUUGGUGUGAUUCUAGUACUGGUGUGUAGUUCCACAUUGUUUGUGUGAUUCUAGUGCUGGUGUGUAGUUCCACAUUGCUGGUGUGAUUCUAGUGCUGGUAUGUAGUACCACAUUGUUGGUGUGAAUCUGGAGCUGGUGUGUAGUACCACAUUGCUGGUGUGAAUCUGGAGCUGGUGUAUAGUACCACAUUGUUGGUUCUAGUGCUGGUGUGUAGUUCCACAUUUUUGGUGUGAUUCUAGUCCUGGUGUGCAGUUCCACAUUGUUGGUGUCAUUCUAGUGCUGGUGUGUAGUUCCACAUUGUUGGUGUGAUUCUAGUGCUGGUGUGUAGUUCCACAUUGUGGGUUUGAUUCUAGUGCUGGUGUGUAGUUCCACAUUGUUGUUGUGAUUCUAGUGCUGGUGUGUAGUUCCACAUUGUUUGUGUGAUUCUAGAGCUGGUGUGUAGUACAACAUAGUUGAUUUGAAUCUAGAGCUUGUUUAUAGUUUCACAAUAUAAAUUUCUUAUGCAUAUUUCAGUUUUAGUUGAGAAGUUAAAAUGGUGAAGAUGUUUGAACAGCCCUUUUUAAACUUAAAGAUUCAAUUUUGUGUGUGUAUGUUGUAAGCGUAAUAUUUGACCUGUAAAUAUUUAGAAAGGAACAUUAAUCCAUUCAAACGUUUAUAUCAUGUUUGUCUGCCAUGUGCGUCUUACAGUAUUUUUUAUUUGGCCAGCUCUGUAUAACCAGUACGCUGCAGGCUACCCAGCUGGGCAACCAGGACAGGGCUUGCCUGGCCAAGGUCAGGGACAAAUGAUGUACAGCCAGGCCGGGUCGCCAGUGACUGGACCAUACAACCAAGCUCCCGGUAUGCCACAACAGCCACAGGUAAGACCUUUAUAUCUCUCUGCAUGUUGGAUAUAUCACCAUAUAUAUAUAUACAAAGCCAGAGGUAAGGCAUAUUUAUAUCUCUACAUUUUGGAUAUAAAAGCCACAGUUUAUAAAAGUAUUUAUUAAUGAGAAGAGAGUGGUUAGAUUUAUGUAUUUCAUAAUUAUUAAAAACAUACUUCCAAAUGAUUUAAAAUAACGACUCAACAAGAACACAAAGUCUGUAGGACAAAUGUAGAAAUUUGUACUUGUUUUUGUUUUUGUUUUUGCAAAAGGAUUUACUUCAGGCUUUACAUAAGGUUAGGUGAUUGAUGUCUGUAGUUGCUGCCAAUGGUUGUGUCUGUAGUUGCUGCCAAUGGUUGUGUCUGUAGUUGCUGCCAAUGGUUGUGUCUGUAGUUGCUGCCAAUGGUUGUGUCUGUAGUUGCUGCCAAUGGUUGUGUCUGUAGUUGCUGCCAAUGGUUGUGUCUGUAGUUGCUGCCAAUGGUUGUGUCUGUAGUUGCUGCCAAUGGUUGUGUCUGUAGUUGCUGCCAAUGGUUGUGUCUGUAGUUGCUGCCAAUGGUUGAUAAUUAGAUCAACACUCUGGAUUUUAUUUUUAUUAUAUUAGAUGAUGAUAUCAACUUGUUCCAGGCAAAAAAUCCUGGCUACCCAACAGCCCCUGCGGCAGGUCAAGGGGGCGCCCAGACCAACCCCUACUCCAGAGGCUACAGCGCUGGCUACCCCAGGCCUAACGCCGGCUACCCCCAGUGAAGGCAUUGCUGAGAUGUAGACAGUGAGCGGCUGAUGAUGUGAGUGUUGUGUACAAGAGCUGGUCAAGGUGACGUCCUCGGGCGGGGGCACCAACAUCGCCAAGUGUCCACUUCGUUAGCUGUUAUGUGACUAUUUAUUAUUCCUACUUACCUUAUAAAUACCAGUAAAAUGUUGGGUUGAUAUUCACCGGAAAUGGUCUUCUUUGACGGCAUUUAUUUGUUUUGUGAAUGCACCUAUACAAGUACAAGUGAAAGGUUCAACAGUUUGAAACAGUUCAUGGCAGUCAUGGAUGGACAAGUAUUAAAAUGACUGAAAGUAUCAACAUCUUUAGGUCCCUUUUAGGUCCCUUUUGACAUAUUCUGCCAGAUCUGUAUUUUUAUUGUGUAAAUUAACUCCUGGGCAUCAAAGGGGAGUGCGGUGGCGCUUAUAAAAUAAUUUUCUGCCAGGUGCUCCUCACAUUGAAAGAUCUAUGAUGAAAAGCUUCUCUGCAUGCAGCAAGCAGAUAAUGGGCAGUAUGGUUUUGUAUGGUUCACCAGACAGGGGGUGCACAACUGUAGUCGGGCCAAUCACUUGAUGUGAUAUCAAUUAGUGAAUAGUUAAUAUCUGCGGUAGUCUAGUGAUCAUUUCGUCGUGAUCACUGUUGUGUAGGUUGUGCCAGAAGCUGGUGUUUAGAUUAAUUUUUGGUAGACUGACGAGCCAUGGGUCACGAUAGGCUUCCACAAUGUGUGCUUGUAGGAAAAACAGUUCUUGGUCUGUGUCUAUUUCUUUUCCUGGGUCCGUCAAGGCUACAACCAUUUCAUUUUGAAAUAUAUAAAAGACAUAAUACUGUAACACAUGCAGUGUCCUGUGAUGCGUCUACUCAUACAAGUGUUUAUCUAACAGGUCAUCCCAUUGAUGAGAACUUCAUCAAUGGGAUGUUAAUAUAAAGCACGUUAUGAAUGUUAACAUCACGUCUACUUCAACUUCUGCAGUAACUGUUGAUACACGGCUGAUUUUUUUUUUCUUUAGUUUUUAUCUGUUUUAAUAUCACAGAGGCUGAGACUAGUAUUGAAAGCUAACAAAUCUCGCUUAAGCACGCUUAACAUCUCUAACACAUGUUUCCUUUUUUUUAAAACUUGAAUUUCUGUGUGUUUCUGUUAGAAUAACCCCACCUGGGGGUAUUGUAUUUUAAGAUACAUAUGAAAUUCUUCAAAAUUCUUGUACAAAGUGACAAACAUAGUGGUCCUCAAACCAGUUUAUUUUGUUUGUCAGUAUCCCACACUUGCUUAACAAAAACUUAGGAUGCGUUCAUCAGGGUAGAGUAUUAAGAUAUGGGUGUAUCUAGGACUGACCAAAGAUGACUUCAUGCAGCCAUCAUUCAGCCAUAGCAGAAGAUAUAUAUAUACAUAUAUAUGUAUUGCCUCUGGUGUGUCCUGCUUCCUUUUCGAGACCAUUGUGCUGGGUGGCCGAGCGGUCUAAACUGUCUCACACCAAAUAGCUGGUGGUCUGGAGUUCAAUCCCCACCAAAGAGAAGGCAAACUAAGAAGGCAUCUAAGAGAAGGCAAACUCUGAAUUUAAACCAGGAGCCAGAAUGAUCAUCAAAUUGAUUGUGGGCCCCUCAAAUCUAAGAAGAAACAUCCCCAGGUGUCUGCAGGGAGACCACUUUACAAUUAAAUAAAGGGAAGUAAUUUUUUUUUUUUUAUUUUUUUUUUUUACACCUUCGCAAUUCAUUUCAACCAGAGUUUCAAUUAAAUUAGAAUAAUUCAGUGGAGUCGUGGCACUCCUGAAUGAAAAAAUGAUUAAUUAUCAGCCUGUGAGAUGGUGAUCAGAUGCCACAUGGCAAUACAAAAACUGAAAUUGAACAAAUUGUUACAUGGUCUGGAACAAAUGAUGGAGCAUACACAUUAGAUAUUUAAAAAAAAACUAUAUUCAUUUAAAUAUUAAAGAUCAACAAACUAUUUCUCAUUGAUCAAAUUUGUUUCCAUCUAUAUUUCUUUAAAGAUUUGUUUACUAAACGCUUUUUGGGGGGAUUUUAAUACAUUAUAAAUAAAUGUAUUUACUGGUAUUUAUAUUUUUGUUUACUUUUUAAGCUCUUUUAAAUAUUUUUUUUUUUUUGGUUAAGGAUUGCUUAUCAAUCAAUCAUCAUGCUGCUACAAUGCUAUACAAUGUUAAUUGAAUGUAGUGUGGAUGGAGCUUUAUUCCUAAAUGUACAAACUUAAUGUAGCCCAAGUGUUAUGUGUACAAACUGUCACAUUCUUCUGUAGGUGAUGAUGAAUUCAUCUGUGGUUCAACCUGUUCUACUUACUAUACGGAAAUGAGUAGAUAAUCUUGCUGUUUUAAUCAAAAUUCUGUGUGAAUUCUUAUCUGUUCUUCAUCUAUGUUAGUUGCUCUGAUCAAUUAAGGUGUGUUUAUAAACAGAAAUCAAAACAUGUAAACUCUAUUUUGCUGAAAUAUUAAAAUUUUUGACCAGUUUUGUUAUAUCUGUUCUAGGUAUUAUUUAUUAUGAGAACAAUCAAUCUGUUUGUGUGUUAAGUUAGUAAUUAACAUUUUUUUUUCCCCAGUAAAUUUAAAAAAAAAUUAGUUGCCGUCAUAAAAUAAUACAAAUUUUGAAAACACUGGUCUAAAUUUAAAGUUGAUAUCAGCUAAACUAAACUCAAAUGACAAAUUGUUGAUUAUCAAUUAUUUCAACUUUUUAUUUUUAAAGGAUGAAUGAUGGAUGGUUAAUAAAAAAAAUUAAUAUGUACAGUCAGGUAAUGGACAGUAAGAGCUUCAUUUUAAAGGAAAGUUGUACUAGUGUCAUUGCUAUGUGUGAAAACUUCCUGUGUUUGUAUGGAUAUUGGUUAGGGUCAGAGUACAUCUGUUUCAUUCUUGACAUGUUUUAAUGAAUAUCAAUUGAUGGAUAUGAUAUAUAUUUUUUUUCCUUACGAAUAUGAUAUAAUAAUAUUAAUAUAAGUGAUUGCUGGACUAUGCAUGUCAUUGUGCUGUUAUGUUGAUUUCUGUUUAUACUGCACGUAUCCCCAUGCAUUUUUAUAUCCAUUGAAUCAAUCUAUGUAACAUGCUGCAAUAAAAUGCAUUUGUAUACCUGCUUCAAGAACAAACAAAAAAAAAAAAAAAAAGAAACACAAAAAAAAA